UCCAAAUUUGUGCCGAAAUAGAAAAUGAGCCGCAUUCUACUAGCCGGCAAAUCGCUAGAGACUUUCAAAUUUCUCAAUUCUCAGUUUUAAAUGUCCUGCACCAGGAAAAAUAUAAACCUUAUAAAAUAUACAAAUCUUGGAAGAAAAUGACAAGCAGCGCAGGUACGAAAUGGCAAUGUAUUUACUUGAAGAAAUGGAAGAGAGAGACCAACAUUUUUUUGACAAUAUUUUGUUCAGUGACGAAUGUACCUUUACACUAGACGGAAAAAGGAAUGUUCAAAUACAUCGCACAUGGGCUAGAAGGAAUCCUUUCACUGUCGUUCAAACAAACACUCAAAGACCUCAAAAAUUGAAUGUUUGGUGCGGAAUAUUAAAGAAUCGUACUAUAGGUCCGUUUUUUAUUGACGGAAAUUUAACUGCGCAAAAAUAUCUUAAUUUGUUAAGAAACAAUAUUAUACCAGCGAUUGAAGCUGUGGUUGGACCACAUCGUGUUGCUGAUGUUGUUUUCGAACAGGAUGGAGCUGGUCCUCACACAGCCCGCGAUGUGCGAAUUUUUCUGAACGAAACAUUUCAUCGGUGGAUCGGAAGAUUCAGCGAGUUCCAAGAAUGGUGUCCCCGUUCGCCAUGCCUAACUGGAUGUGAUUAUUUUCUUUGGGGCUAUGUCAAAACGAAAUUGAAUAAAUUCGAUCGAAUAGAAAAUUUAGCAGAACUCCGAGCUAAAAUUGUGGAGAUCAUUGCCAACAUCCCGCCUCAUGUUUUGCAAAAGGUGGUAACCACAGAGUUCGAAGAACGUUUACGAUGCUGCAUAGCAAGCGAGGGUGAUAUUUUUGAGUACUGCUACAGAUGAAAGGCUUACUCAAAUUUAUUUUAGAAAGAUUAAAAUUUUUUGAUUUUUUAAUUUUCUUUCAAUUUUUUCAGUUUUGUUUUGUUAUUAGGACUAUUAUUUUUUUUUGCAUAUUGUUGCUUUGCUUUUCUGUUAUUUUUUACUGUUUGUUUAUGAAAUUCUUUUUAAUUUUUCUUGUUUUUUGUUUGUUUUAUUUAUUUCUCCGUUAUUGAUUUUU